AUGGACGAAAAAAUUGAAAAACUGCGAACAAAGAUUGAAGCAGAGCAAAAGGCUGCGAAAGCGCAACUCGUUGCUCAGAAACUCGCUGUUGAAAAGAAGAAGCCAGACGAUGAUUCUGAUCGAGAAGAUGUGAAGAAACGCCGAGCUAAAAGUCGAAGUCGAUCACGUUCGAAGUCGCGAUCUAGAAGUCCUAGACGGAAACCGUAUUCGCCUGUUCGACGAAGACGUGAUUCCCCUGAGAAGAACGGACGGAAUAAAGCUCGUGGAGGAAAAGGUGGACGAGACGAUAGACGGGACAGAGAAAGGCGAGAUGAUAGACGAGACGAUAAACGGAGACGGAGUAGGAGUCGUAGUAAAAGCCGGGAUCGCUAUUUAGACCGAGAACGAAUUAAGGUAUGGUGU